AGUAAACAAAUCGAAGCAGUGCACUUUCUACGAGUGAAUUUCAAUAAAUUUAGGAGUUUUGUGCUUUUAUAGUUAAUAAAUAAUAAUAAAAUCUUAUCAAAACAAUCCGCAGAUAAGCAGUUUUGACCAGCAAAUUUCAUAGGUGAUCAAAUGGAAUUAUAAAAUGGAACAGUUUUCGCAUGAUUUAACACUCGCUCUCGAGGAGACAUCGCGUUGUGGUGAAACCAAGCAUCGAUGGGGAAUGCGAAGACGUACACGGUCAACAGGAAAUUUACCCUGUGCCCCUCAACCCACGGAGGACAGCUCUAGUAGUCCUGCGGAUCAGUUGGAAAUCAAUACCAGUCAAAAUUCUCCACAACUUAGUGGAACCAACAAUCAUAUUCAAAGCGAUUCUGAUGACCGGCAUGCACUGGCUUUUGCAUUCAGAUCACGGCAGACUCCUCACAUGACGGGAAAUUUUGAGUCCGACUCAUUUAACGAGAAUUUCAGUCCGGCACGACCAAACAUCCGGCGGAAGCGAAAAUUCAAAAGAAUGGCAGUAGGAUACGAGCCUACACUCACGUCUACCGCCGUUGCAAACAGUUCUAUUUUUCCUGCCAUCGUGAAAAAACGAGCACUCAAUCACGAAACCCUCAGAAGCAGUCUGUUCUUCUGUGGAAAACGAAAGCGAAGCCAUCGUGAUCGAUAUUUUGACUAUGAAACAUACAAGCAGCAUUCGAGUAGUGUUCCACGACAAAGAGAUUUGUUUUCUCCAAAAUCUUCAUCAUACCUAGAGGGGAAAACUCGUAACAGAGCAGCAUCUUUCUCAUCCGGUGUUACGUUGAACAGGAGUAUCAUAUCCAAGAUUGAAAAGAUGUCUCAAACGACGGAAAAAAACUUAAUGCUGUGCUUUCAGUUCUCAACCCCAUCCAACAAGAAGGUGGAUGUAGUAGAUGAAUCCUUGACGCAACCGCACAGCAGUCGUCUCGAUUUGAUGUGCUGCUCGGACGAGAACGAAAUCAGUUCCAAAAGCUCCCAGAGCGUCCCUGCGGAUAUACCAGCUGUAGUGCUAAACACAGAUGACUCUCCAAACGCACAAAAAAAUAUAAAAACAACGCAACUAAAGACAAAUAGUUUUGAAUCUGUGUGCGAUAUUCAGCCGCGCCGCAUUAAGAGCAAACGAACUUCAAAAUCACACAAAGUGAAGCACAGUCGAAAGCAGGAAAUGAUGCAAGUUCAGUUCGAUGACCGGAUGAGUUGUAGUAUAAGCGAUCUGUUGAGCUCAAGCUCUUUGAGUUCAAGUGAUUCGGAAGCCGUCAAUACUAAUGAAUCCGAUCACGAAGGCGAUGAUGAGUUGACCGACUGGCCCGGAAACGAAGGGAUGGUAAAUUUUGCUUCCAAAAACGAUUUUAAACGAGCAAAUAAAACUCGUGGCAUGAAACCAUCCCUUCCGCAAAUAAAACAGCAGGAUGAUAUUCAGGAUGACGAUACGUUGAUGUCUACGGAUGAUAACGUUAUUCGUAAACUGGCGAGUUACGAUGAUAUAGAUGCACCCGCGCAGCUUUCCCAUGGUGGUUUGAAAUAUUCGCCGGGAUCGUCAGAGGACCUACCUAUGGAACAGCCAAAAUCAGCUAUCUUAUCUACAGGAUAUCCAUGUACUAGUCGGGUUGCGAUGAACCUCGAAGGGCCCAAUAGUUUCUUUCCUACUGCAGAUAUUUUUACCGAUAUUCGAGAAAUUCGGGCGGGAUGUAGGAGGAUACGUGAUGAACGCCCAGGUUUCUCUAUUAUUUCCAGUGCAAAUGAACUUCUUGCAAGGUUUCUUCAAAAUGAUCAACAGCAGGUACUGACCCUUUUCGAUAUCAACACAACAGAGCAUGACAAGCUUUUUGGAUUGUCGAAACUAUAUUCGCUAACAAUGCAGGUGGAGAAUGGGUGUGUUAUUCUAAACAAAACAAGUAAUACAAUGCAGUCGGUACGUGUGGAUCAUACCCAUUUUCCUAAACAUAUUGCGGAUUUUAAACGCCGUUGCUAUGGAGAUACUGAAGAUCUUCAUUUAACAAAUUUACCUGAAUAGUCUAAAUGAAGUCAGCUUGUAAAUAAACCGUAUUCUACUAAAUUGAUAAGAAAUAAAAUAUAAGAUAACAUUUUUGUACAAUGUUCAACUGUAA